AUGAAUGUAUCAAACGUUGAUGUAUUUGAUGAAUUUGUCAAUGUCAUACUACAUCACAAAGUUGCAUACUUUAUCUCAUAUAUUUCUCGAGUCAACAAGAACAAGUUUCCACUUCCCAACAAUGACAUCUCGUUUGUUUUUUUAAUCGGUCUCCUCAUGGGGAGUUGUUCACUUGCUAUGGCUUCAGAUUCAAAUCCUCUCCAAGACUUUUGUGUAGCUGUACCAAAACGUAGAGUAUUCGUGAAUGGUGAGGUAUGCAAAGAUCCAAAGCUUGUGCGAGCGGACGAUUUCUUUUUUAGUGGGCUCCACCUUAUGAGAGAUACAUCAAAUGCGGUUGGCUCUAAUGUGACUACUGUGACUGUAGCAGAGUUACCGAGACUUAACACUUUUGGUAUUUCAAUGGCUCGUAUUGACUUUGCUCCAUCGGAUAUUAACCCUCCACACACACACACACCCCCUAGGGCCACUAAAAUCUUGACGGUCCUAGAAGGCAAUAUUAAAGUUGGUUUUGUUACAUCUAACCCUGAAAACCGUCUCAUCACUAAAGACCUUCAGAAGGGGGAUGUUUUUGUCUUCCCACAAGGUCUAGUUCACUUCCAAAGGAACAUUGGAAACAUUUAUGCUCUUGUUAUUGCCGCUUUGAGUAGCCAUAAUCUAGGUGCCAUUACCAUUGUAAAUGCAGUGUUUGAUUCUAACCCAGAUAUCAGUAAAGAUCUUCUUGUAAAGGCCUUCCAAAUGUACAAGAACGUUGUUUAG